UUUGGUGAGGUAGAGGUGGACGAUUACGUCUUGCGGAACAGAUAGUAGUUGUUUUGCUCUGGUUAUUUUUCUCACUACCCAUCCACCGCAAGAGACCUUGGCCUGUGAACAUUUGUAAUUACAAAAGUAUUGGUUCAACAAGUUGCCUACUAGCGUCCUGGCUUGAUGAGGAUGGCAGAAGAACCUGCGACAAGAGAGCCGGAGAUGUCUGACGCUGGCUCGGACGAGGAGCUGGAGCUUCCCGCACCGAUGAUGGAGCAGGGGAGUCACGACGGGAGUAUCAGAAAGGGUUGUGAUCCCUGUUCCCAGACCCAACGCAGUAAGCUGCAGCACCGUAGAGCUCGUAUCAACCAGCAGAUAAACAAGGAGAUGAGGAUGAGGGCCGGGGCUGAAAACCUCUUCAGAGCCACCACUAACAACAAAGUGAAGGAGACUGUGGCUCUAGAGCUGAGCUUUGUCAACUCCAACCUGCAGCUACUGAAGGAAGAACUAGAGGAGCUCAACAGCAGUAUGGAGGUCUACCAGACAGAGAGUGAAGCCAUCAAUGUUCCCAUGAUUCCACUGGGUCUGAAGGAGACCAAGGAAGUGGACCUCACUGUUCCUCUCAAGGAAUAUAUCUGUGAGCACUACAGGGAGGACAGCUCUCUGUUUGAGAAAGAAAUCAAAGAGUUUAUGGAGCUCAGACAGGCCAUGCGUACCCCCAGUCGUAACGAGGCAGGUUUGGAGCUCCUGGUAGAGUAUUAUAACCAGCUAUACUAUCUGGACCAGAGGUUCUUCCCCCCACACAGAACACUAGGAGUCCACUUCCACUGGUAUGACUCUCUGACAGGUGUGCCGUCAUGCCAGCGUGCGUUGGCAUUUGAGAAGGGAAGUGUGUUGUUCAAUGUGGGAGCUCUCUACACACAGAUAGGAGCCAGACAGGACCGCUCUGCUGCAGCUGGCAUAGACAGGGCUAUAGACGCUUUCCAGAGAGCUGCAGGUGCAUUUAACUUCCUGAAGGAGAACUUUUCCAACGCUCCCAGUCUGGAUAUGAGCGGCCCGUCGCUAUGCAUGCUGGUCCGGCUGAUGAUCGCCCAAGUGCAGGAGUGUGUGUUCGAAAGGGUCACAAUCACCACGCAGGACACACACUUCACCUCCCAGCUACAAGUGGCUCAAGAGGCUGCACGAGUAUCAGAUGUGUAUAGUUUGGUGCUCCAGACCAUGUCUCAGCCCUUAGUGAAGGACUAUGUCCCAUUCUCCUGGGCCUCCAUGGUUCAGGUGAAAGCAGAACACUUCAGAGCUCUCUCACACUUCUAUGCUGCUGUCGCUCUCUGUGACCGCACACAGUCCAUUGAUGAAGAGGGAGAGAAGGCUCUCCUCCAGCUCCAUGUCAGUAAUCCUGCUGGACCACCACUCAGCCAGGUGCUCAGAGACCCCGAGGAGAGACGCAAACUGGGUAAGGCCCACCUGCGUCGUGCGUUAAUCAGACAUGAGGAAGCUAUGAGAGUACAUGGUCUGUGUAAGAUCUUAAGGAAGAUGGAUAUUCUACAGGAGGUGCUCUCCUUCGUGCACAAACGCUCUUUGGACAAAUACUCUGAGAUGGACCGAGAGGACGACUUCGACGAGACAGCAGAGGCUCCCGAGAUACACUCUCAAACCCAGCAGAAGCCUGAUAUAAUUCCACCCAAUUUCUCCACUGUCCAAGUCACUGACAUCUUCCGAAGGCUGGGUCCCUUGUCAGUGUUCUGUGCCCGGGCGCGCUGGGGGCCGGUGCGUUUGGUGUGUCUCCAGCGAGGGGAGGGGGGUCUGGGGCUAACUCUCAGAGGAGACUCUCCUGUUCUGGUGGCUGGAGUAGUGCCGGGGGGGUGUGCUGAGGAGGCAGGUCUGAGAGAGGGGGACUACAUAGUGGCGGUGGAUGGAGAGAACUGUAAGUGGGCUAAACAUGGAGAGGUGGUCCACAGCCUGAAGAGCUGCAGUGACCGAGGAGUGGAGCUCAGCGUCAUCACACUGCACACACACGACACACAGGUGGAGAGGAGGUCAGUGAUGCUCUCCCCCAGAGGAGACAAAGAGAACGCUUGCCAACGGCCCAUGGGUGGGGCUAAGGCCCAGAGCUCCGUCUCCUUACUCAACUGGAACAGGAAGAAAAACAGGGAAGGGGGAGGAGUCACCAAGAGACUGGGCAGCACCUUCAGUCUGCCAUUUGGAAACCUGGGAGACGGUGAAUCCAUGUACUGAGAUAGAUGGAGGGCAAGCUGAAAUGGUGCUCGAUUCCAUACAGUGCACUUCCAGCCAAAAGUAGUGCACUAGGGAGUAGGGUGCCAUUUCAGACUGUGCUAUAGACAGACAAACCACUCAGGGAAUGGCAAAGGGACAUGUUCCAAUACAAGGAUGAGUUGUAUAUGACUGGAUACUCCUAGAUAUUGUAAUGCAUUAUUGCAGCAAUUGCGAGGAACAUUCCGAAUAGGAGAAUUGUAUGAAGAGAAGAGGAGGGGGAUGCCAUGUCCAGAUGCCCAGGGAAACUACAGUGGUUUUAGAAAGCACCCAACUGCAGGUAUAUGUCACUGAAGGGGUUAAGAGCAUCAUGUAAAUUGUCUUAAAAUAGACUAAUAGUUGUGGCCCAGUAUUAUUGUAGCUGACUUACUAUACAGCUAAAGGUCUUUAGAGAGUCGAAAGAAGUUAAACUGGACUUGUGUGUCAAACUACAGCCUCUGGUCUUAAGACAAUGUCAUCAUGUUGUUUUAAUGUUGAAAACAUGUUGUUUUACUUUACUGUUUACUGUAUCCCAGAGUCUUGCUUUUCCACUCCGGUCUUAACAGUAAAAACAACAGUCACACCUACAUCCAUUCAGUACCUGAGCUUAGCUCUUACUUCUUCAAGCUAGAGCAUUGUGAAUCUUCUUUUUUGUUGUUGUAAGAUUUAAUUUUAUGUUUAACAAAGCACACAAAUGACAUCACACAAACAUCAACCACAUCACACAUGCCCAGACUUAUUAGCACACGCCGUCAUCUCCAGUGCCUGCAUAAUUUUCCGCCACAUGGCCUCAAACUGCAUCAUUUUUUUUUUUCUCCGUAGCCCACUCACUCUAAAUUUUUUACAAUAAAUCAUUUGAUUUUUCCAUUGUGUUAAUGAUGCCGAAUGAAUUGAUUUCCACAUUUUUAAUAUACGUUUUUGCAAAAUGAUUGAUGAGAAAAGAAUCGUCCAGCCCAUUGGGUAUCUCACAACACCCCUAUAUUCCAUGUCUUGAAAUAUGCAUACUUAUAGAUUAAGAGUAACAUUGUAAUACUUCUGACAGCCAACUUUAUUAGCUCCGCCCGCAAAAAAAAAAUGGAUUAUUGAGUCAUUGGAUGCGUUUCUAAAUUCACUCUGGAUAUCUACUCCGAUUUCAGAGCUCUUUGGACUGAGUGCGCCAGAGCAGAGUGCAGAAUAACUAACGAAUUUACGAACAUUUGAAUAUGAACGGUGUCAGUAAACAUCAGCAAAAAAAAGUAAUUCAAUUGUUGCCAGCAGCACAGUUAUGGUCACCAACGCUCUAGACAACAUGAAACCACCCUAACCAGCUUUGCCAGGGUGAAUAAAAUGGUCAGAAUGAGGUGUUCUCUCAUUUAUGUCUGGAAGUACAGUAGCUAGCCAACUUUAGCCACUUAGCUUGAGUGCUUGACUGCCGUUGUGAGGUCAGAACAUUCGGAUGAACUUUACUCCUCAGACAGAGCGUCCAGUGUGUGCUCUGAACGCUCCGAGAGCGAAACACUCUGAAUUUGCUAUUAACAAUGGACAAUCUGAUAUCCGUUCUGAAUAUUAUGAACGCCCAGAGCUCACUCUCUGGCACUCCAGAGUGAAUUUAUGAACACACCCAUUAUAGUUUACACUUGGGACAUGACUGCUGUUGUGCUGUAGAAUUGGUGAAUUCUUUGUUUUGUACUGUAUCAAUUCCAUAGAUAAGUUUAUACUGGGUUAAUUUUCGUUAACUGUAAUUUCAUGAGUUAUGCUCCAACUUUCCCUCCAUUUUUUUUUCUAAGAGAUUGUCAGUUUGAUAUGCUGCUGGCAACGUUUUGUAUAUCGUCCCUAUCAUAUGAACAUCCUUAUCUGACUCCAAAGAAAAUCCUUCAAGGUUGCUCUGAUGUCCAAAAGAUGUGUAACUUUAAAAUGGCAUGUAUUUGAAACUAUAUUGGUCAGUCCAAAAUUACUUCAAUACUGUCAUGGAAAUAAAUGUAUUCCCUGUUGCCAAGUCAAUAACAGUUUCUAUGAAUUUAGUUUUCCAAUUUAUCUGUGAAUUCUGAAAAGCUAUCCAAGGAUUGUUCCAUAAGGUUGUGUUUUUAUGGAGUGAUAUUGGUUCUUGUAGAAUGUUUCAGUUUAUUCCAUAUUGUUGUAGUGUUCUUAACUAUGAAGUUGUUAAUGUUCUUAGCUUAAUGCUUUGAAAAUAGACACGUGGGCAGCUUCUUGAAGCACACAGAGUUUACAGCGGUAGCCAUGUUACUGCAUUCUGUGCACCUACCAGUGUUUUUGAUGUGAACGUUUCUCUUUUGUCAUCUUGAUUGUUGGGUACAAAUGACUACCCACAAGGCACUACAAUAGUUAUACCAAGGAGGUUGAUGGUACCUUAAUUGGGAAGGACAGGCUCAUGGUAAUGGCUGGAGCGGAAUUAGUGGAAUGGUAUCAAACAUAUAGUUUCCAUGUUCCAGACAUUAAUAUGAGCCGUCCUCCCCUCAGCAGCCUCCUGUGUUAUGUGUAUUUUUUUCGUUUUUCUUCUGGUGUUUUGUAGUUUUUAAUUUUGUACGACAUUCUUAUGCCCCGGGACUUCAUAGGAGGAGGAAAAACUAACGCUCUACGUAUGUCAUGACACUGAAAUGGUUAACGUGGUAAUAUGCACAUUAGGGGAUUGACUAAAGACUUUUAUAUGUCUGGUACUUAGUAGAGUUGAAUAGGAGAAUGGACAGUCUACCAUGUAGAAACCAGCUAUCAAUGUAACCAUAGAAGCAUAGAGGAGAGCUGACCCAAUUGUUAGACACUUUUUCUUUUUUUAUAUGUUCACAUUUUCAAUAUUUGGAUGCAAACACUAUUUUAAAUUUUAAUCCAGUUGUCUUUUUUUUUUCAAAAUAAUGAUUGAGAUGUGUAUUUCAGAUUGUGAAUUAAGUCUCUGCCAUUGUGAUCUGUGGUGUCUUGAGUGAGUGUAAUUGUGUAAAGGGAUUUGUAUUUCUUUUGUUUAUUAUGUGAAAGACUGAUAAUCAUGGCUGGCUCGUAUGAUCAACCAUCAAUUCCCCUUUUGAGGUGUGCUUGUGCGCAUGCACGUGAAUCCUUUUCGUGUGUGUGUUAUUUGUAGAGUAUUUGCACAGAGUUUUGUUGAUGAAUUAAAGGAGUGGAUCAAUG